UCAACGUUCCACAUAACAUCUACACAAAAAGUCUAGGGUUCUUCUUAUUAAUAUCUAUAAAUUAAACUCUUUCUAACUUAUCAAUGGCUUCCAAAGUUGCUCUUGUGAUCCUUGUCAAUGUCGUCUUCUUCACCACAUUGGUGAGUUCCACUUCGGUUCCGUGCCCACCACCCACGCCUCACCACUCGGACACUUGCCCUACAGACGCCCUUGGGCUCAAUGCGUUGAAUCUUGUGAAGGCCACGCAGUCCAGCUGUUGUGCCCUUAUCAAGGAUCUCGUCGAUCUUCUCUGCACCGCCCUUAGGGCUAACGUUUUGUGCAUUAACCUGAACGUUCCGAUCUCGUUGAAUAACAUCUCGUUGAGUCUCGUCCUCAACCACUGUGGGAAGAAGAAUCCUUCUGGUUUCCAAUGCGCUUAGACUGAUCCAUUUCUUUUUCUCCUCACAGUUUUUCUUCGUUAUCUAUUUGAUGCAUCAGUUUGAUCUUAUUCGUUCAGGGUUUCAUCUUGUCCUUUUCGUACUUUCGUACUUUGCCCUGGCAAACUGUUUCCUCAAAUGGUAAGUUGUUUCUCAAUGUGUGGUAUAACUCAAAUCCAGGUUUUUUUUUUCAAAUGAUUUAGUCUUAAGCCUCGUUUCCAUGUGUUUCUGGAUAACUGAAGUUGUCGCAGACUCGCAGGCCCCUUGUAAUCCGAUGGCUAAUUCAGUCACGAAAUGUCCAAACACCAU